AUGUCACAUCUCGGUCACCUUGGGCCCAAUGCCGGCCAUGGUCGCGAUAAUGAAAUCGAAGAACACAUCUACGAGCAAGUCAGGCCGAAGAACAGCCCGAGCCGACCGUUCAAGCUCAUAUCCUCCUACCUUGCGUGUCCCAUCGUCGCCGUCCUGCUCCAGGUGUUCGGGUUCCUGUUUGUUGGCAUCUGCCUAAUCACCUGCGUGAACACGGCAAUCCAGGGAUUCAUCAAUGUGUUGUGGAUUCUCGAUGAUGAUGGCGACAACGACAAUGACGGUCACGCGGCGCUACCGAUGCGUGGCUACGAAUUCUCUAUGCCGCCUACCUGUCCGCCCAGUCCCCAGACCGUCAGAUGA